CAUCAUCAAAUCUGAACCACCACGGUGCUCGCUCUACAUAUGCAUAACACAUCCUUGAUCGUGUAUCAUCCUAUCGCGGGGCAAUUUAUAUCGGAAUCAAAAAACAAUUGAAUAUCCUUUCCACUCCCAAGUCUUGCGGCUGAAAGCCUACCCAGGGCCAAAAAUAAGCAAGCAAUGAAAUGCUCAAUGAGAGUCUUGUGCGACCUUAUCGGCUGCAGACUUAUGCAUGUCUUUUCUUCCGAACAAAUGGUUCGAUAGGAGCCUUUCUUAGGUGGAGGCGACAGUAAGAGUUCUUUCGGGGACAGUGUCUGCCUACUCUUUGUGGUAAGCUUCUUGAAAAUGAGACAGCAAGGCUGCAAAGUUAUAGUGAUUCACAUCAUUCAAAGCCCAUUGUCAAAAGGGAUUUGAUUGUUUCUGACGAUUAUUGAUUUAUCUACUUCCUUUCCUAUCUACCUUCACAGACAGGCUUCAGUCAUAGCAUCAUGUCUUUUUCAGCUUCUUCAAGCGAUUCCGAUAAUAGUAGAAGACGGCGCCGACCAGGACCACCUCCUCCUCCACCACCUUUCCAGGGGAACAAGAACAAUUCAAAGAAGAAAAAGAAAUAUGUAGCCCCUCAAGAUACUAUCGAUAAACUUUGGUCUCGAUUCUCUGUGUCGAAAUUUAGUAAAGCUACAAAAGUUUUACCAAAUCCAGCACCUUUUUCAAGAGGCACAUCUGCGAAGACUGUUAUUGUUCCUCCACCAGGUCCGCAGAAUCAACUUGUUUCCGAAGACUUCGAACGAGCUGUUCAAGAAUGUAGGGCAAAGGUUAGGAAACUCGUCAAGGAAUGUAGGAGAGUUAAUAUGCGAUAUCGUGACCCAAGCUUCGAUAUUGAUUGGGAUUUGAAAUGGGAAAAGGGAAAUUGUUUGAAUACCCUUGCGGAAACCAGAUUUGAAGUUUGCAAACAUGCUCUUUCAAAUCCUUCGUCUUCCGGGCCUAGGGCUGUGAAAAGAGUCCACGAAAUAUUUGAUAAGCCUACAUUUUUGGAGGACAAAAUUUCCCCUUCGGAUGUUAGACAAGGAAAUCUUGGUGAUUGUUGGUUGAUGGCAAGUUUAACAGCAUUAGCAAAUACCAAGGAUGGGAUCCGAAGAAUAUGUGUAGAAUGGGACACUAGUCGGUACCAAAACUCUAAUUCUUGUGAUGGGAUCUAACAAUGUAUAGAAAUCGGAAUAUAUGGUUUUGUGUUUCAUCGUGGUAAGUUGUCAUGUCAGUCAUCAAGCAAUCAUUCGCUGAUUCAAAGUAGAUGGUGAAUGGAUCAUAUCAAUUAUCGAUGAUAAGCUUUACCUUAAAUCACCAGAUUGGGAUUCACCCUCAGUUCAUAGACAUCUUCUCGAACAAACGGAUCGCGAGGAUGUUGAAAAAGAAUAUCGAAAAACAUAUCAAACAGGAUCUCAAUCAUUAUUCUUCGCCCAUUGUAAGGAUCCAAAUCAAACAUGGCUUCCACUUCUCGAAAAAGCAUAUGCUAAAGCACAUGGGGAUUAUCAUUCUUUGAGUGGAGGAUGGAUAGGGUAAGUCUACCCUCUUCAUCUUAUGUAUCAACUAACAUUUGAAAGGGAGGGUGUUGAGGAUAUAACUGGAGGUGUAACUACGGAACUUCUCACUUCGGAUAUUCUUGAUACUGAUGAGUUUUGGCAUAAUGAAAUUCUUAAUGUCAACAAAGAAUUUCUAUUUGGUUGUUCUACAGGUCUUCUCGAUUAUGGUUAUGGUAGCAGAGAUGGGAUAUCUGAAGGUCAUGCAUAUGUCAUUAUGGAGGCUAGAGAGUUAUCUACAGGAGAGCGUCUUCUGAAAUUACGGUUGGUUUCUUUACAUAACCUCGAAAGGCAUCACUGACAACAUGUAAAGGAAUCCUUGGGGAAAAAUAAAGAAAGGUAAUUGGGAAGGUCCAUGGUCAGAUGGAAGUAAGGAAUUCACUCCUGAAGCUCAGAUAGAGCUUAAUCAUAAAUUUGGAAAUGAUAGUGUAUUCUGGAUUUCGUAUCAGGAUUUAUUACGAAAAUAUCAACACUUCGAUCGGACACGAUUAUUCAUGGAUAGUCCUGACUGGCGAUUGACUCAGGAGUGGAUCAGCGUAGAAGUUCCUUGGAGAUCCGAAUUCGAACAAAAGUUCAUGAUAGUACUCAAAAAGGAAUCCCCGAUAGUACUAGUUAUGAGUCAACUCGAUGAUAGGUACUUUAUAGGUCUACGUGGUCAAUACACCUUCAGGUUACAGUUUCGUCUCCAUGACAUCAAUUCUCCUGAUGAAGAAGAUUAUAUUGUACGAAGCCAUGGGAAUUAUCUUAUGAACAGAAGUGUGGUUACUGAAUUGAAAAGUCUUCCCGCUGGAACUUAUACAGUAUUCAUGAUGGUUAUAGCAGAAAGGGAUAAAAGUCGUCCGAGUGUUGAAGAUGUCGUGAGAGAAGAAUUACGUCGGAGGGAAGAUAAUGAAAAAUUGGCUCAAGUCGGGACUGCUUAUGAUUUAGCUCAUCGCAAAGGAUUAGCUCAUAUGGAAGCAAAAAGUAAACUCAAAAGAGCUCGAGAUAAGGCCAAAGCUAAAGAGUCAAGGAUUACUCAAAGGAAAGUUCUCUGGGAGAAAAGACACAACACUCGAGAGAUAGUAAGAAAACAAGAGAAAAAGAACAGAGAGAAGCGUGAAAGUAAGGAAGUAAAGGAUGCUGAAGAGGUAAAGAAGAAAAGCGAACGAGAACCAAAGGAUCAAGCUGUUCAAACGGAGGAUAUUCCAGAGGUUCAAGUCGAGAAACAUGAUAAGUCAAUACAAACUGAAGAUCACCUGGAGGAAUCAACGAAAAAUGUAAUGGACACGGAAAUCACAAACGAAAGGGACAAAGCAGUACAAACCGAAGAUUUAACACCAUCUAGUAACGAAUCUCAAGCAACUCCUAUAACUCCAAAAAGUAAUGGUUCAUCUCCUCAAUCACCAUAUACAAUGAAUCCAGGACAGGGAUCUCAUCACCAUGGAUCACCACCUCCACCCCCAGGUCCUAAUAGCCACCGCAGAAAUUCCAAUAAUCCACCAAACCAUAAUCGAGGACCUCCACCUCCACCUCCACCAAGACCAGGACCAUAUAUCACAUCAGAAGGCGAGUCAAGCGCAAGUCCUAUUUCCGAUUACGAUAUGUACAGCGAUGAUGAUCCAACGCUCAAACCACGAAAUCCACCAAAUGAACCGAAAAUAUCGAAGGAAAAAGAUGAUGAUGAGGAUGAUGAGGCGGAACCCUGGAAUGCGGUUUGUAUUGUUGGGUUUAGGGUUUAUAGUAAGGAUGAAGGGUUGGUUUUGAAGGUUUGUGAGGAGGGUGUGGAAGGUGUGGGGGAUGUUGGUCGGUUGAAGGAGGAGAAUGAGAAUGAGAAUGAGAUGGCGAUUGAUGGUGAUGUGGAAGAUGUUGGGGAGGAUGAUAAUGCUGAGGGGAAGGAAAAGGAUGAGGAAGAUGAGAAAAAGGAUAAGGAUUUUAAAGAUGAGAAAGCGAAAGAUACUAGUGUAAAUGACUUAGUAUCAGCUGUUACGGCGAAAGUUGAUCCCGAUCCUGGGGAAGAUCUGAAGGUUGUUAGUUCUUCAGAUUCAUCUGAGACUAUUACUGGGAUAUCUUAAGAUAAAUAAAUAGAAACAUAAAUAUAUUAAUAUUGAUUAUAUAAUAAAAUCUUUAAAAAGAAUAAAUAUAAAUCUAUUUAA